ACACAUCCUCUACCCAAACUCUACUUCCCCUCUUUCCUCUUCUCACACAAGAUUUGAUUUUUUUGAAAUUUCGUAGCCGGAGUUUCUCGCCGGAAAUUGAGACAGUGAUCGUCGAUCAACCAUCUGGUUACUUCCGAUGGAAUUCAGCAGUGUCUGUACUAAUUGACACUUCAAUUUGAGGACUCAGAGUGGAGGUGGAAUCAAAUUUUUGGUCUUCCCUCUUUACCGUGAAGUAUAAGAAGCAAAAAUGUCUUUUCAGAACAAGGGGUUUUGGAUGGCAAAGGGUGCGGGACAUGACAAUGAUGGAGAUGCAACUUUUGGUAACCCUUCUAGAAUUGAACCAAAGCGGUCUCACCAAUGGUUUGUAGAUUCUGCUGAACCCCAGCUGUUCCCCAACAAAAAGCAAGCAGUACAUAUUCCAAACAGCAAAUUGAGCGUGGAAAUGCCAAAUGAAAAUGUCUCUUGGGAGAAUCCUUCCAGUUUUCAGUCGGUUCCACAUCAAUUUAUUGACCGGUUAUUUGGAUCUGAUACAGCAAGCUCUACCAACUUUUCAGACAGGAACGUGUCUCCUGUUGGAUCAGAUGAUUGGAGCAUAAGAACAAAGGGUAUCGAUGACCAAUUCGGAUCAGAUGCACCUGUAAAUUUGUCCAUAUCUCAUGCUAUUGAAAAUCCUGAAGUAUGUCUUGGCUAUGCUGGAAUUAGAAAAAUUAAAGUCAACCAGGUUAAGGACAGCGACAUUGACAUGCAUGCGUCAAGGGAACAUGGUUCUAGUAGGGAAUAUAACAUUAAUCUGCCCACAAGUCAGGCAUUCGAUAGAACACACGAAACCGGUUUCAUAUCAGCUGGGCAGGCAUAUGAUAAGGAGCAUGAUAAUGUCACAUUAAUGGGUCAUGCCUACAACAAGGGAGCUGCCCAUGUCAGACCUUUAGGUGCCAGUUAUGGGAAGAGGGAAGAAAAUGUGAUAUCAAUGAGUGAUGGUUAUAGUAAAGGGAAUGCAAAUAUGAUAUCUUUUGGCGGGUUUCCCGAUGAACAAGAUAUGAACACCAUGGGAAGGGCUGUUGCAAACUAUGAUCAAUUAUAUCAUCAGUCUUCAGUUCAGACAUCAGAAACUGCGCAUGAGAAAGAAUUGGACACAACAAAUGCCAAUGCAGUUGAUAAUACUGCGUCUGUAGCUAAAUCAAAACCAGAAUCAGCUUCCAAGAGUAAACCAGAAAGCAAACCGACAAAGAAACAAGCUCCAAACAGCUUCCCCUCUAAUGUUAGAAGCUUGAUUUCAACAGGCAUCUUAGAUGGCGUUCCCGUAAAGUAUGUCUCGAUGGCACGUGAGGAACUUCGCGGAAUUAUAAAGGGUGCCAGCUAUCUUUGUGGGUGUCAAUCAUGUAACUUCACUAAGGGGCUUAAUGCUUAUGAAUUUGAGCGGCAUGCUGGUUGCAAAACAAAACAUCCAAACAAUCACAUAUACUUUGAGAAUGGGAAGACCAUCUAUCAGAUAGUACAGGAAUUAAGGAGCACCCCUGAGAGCUUGUUAUUUGAUACAAUGCAAACAGUCUUUGGGGCUCCGAUCAAUCAGAAAGCUUUUCUCAGUUGGAAAGAAUCCUUUCAAGCCGCAACUCGUGAACUUCAGCGCAUUUACGGAAAGGAAGAACUGAACUUGUAGGAUAUGCAUAGGCCCCCCUCAACUGUAACAUUGGUAAAGUCUUGUAUGUGUA